AUGGAUGACAGUUUUUCUGAUUUUAAAGAGAAGAAAAAAUGCAAAAUCGGCCCAAAGGCUGUGCAAAAAAGCAAAAACAGACAAAAGAAACCGCUGAAACCUACAAAAGGCCAAAAAGAUAUUAGAGCUUUGAUAAAAAAGAAUGAACUUGUAUCAUACAGUAGAGAUUUCAAUGAAGUUUGCAAAGAAAGUGGAAUAGAUGUUGAUGCAGAACAGUUACAACUUGCUAUAGCAUUAUCAAAAUCUCUUGAUAGCAACCAAUCUUCAAUAGCUAGUACAUCCGAAGAUGUUGAAGUACAAAAUAAACUAUCUUCUCAAGAACGAACAGCUAAAAUCAGAUCUACCUUACAAGAAUAUGGUUUUAAAGUAAAUGGUUCAAAAGUACCACCAGUCAUUCUAAAUAAAAGGAGAAAAUAUAGCAAGCAUUCAAAAUUGCUUACAAUAACAAAUGAGGAAAGGCAAACAAAAAUCUCAGCUAAAUAUGCCGAAGUCUUAGCAUUAAAUUGUCAUACUGUAAUUGAUGUAUACGACGACAAUUAUUUAAAUCACGAAAUAUUUUACAAGGCGACCAACAUUUCAUAUGAGCAUAUUAAGAAUGACGAUGUUUAUUAUGUGUCUAAUUUAAUAGAAAAGGCCACACACAAAUCAUGUUUAUUAAGAAAUUGGUCUGAAAUCCCAGGACGACCGGCAAGUCCUGAGCCAUCUAAUAAUGAUAUUGAUUUUCAUAGUAUUCAAUGCUCUGAACAAGAUUUGGAUGAAAUACUCAGCAGUUCUAUCGAUAUUGCACAAAGUAUUGUAAGAAACAAACAGAAUUGUAUUGAGGAACAUUCUAGUAAAACCAUACAUAGUAAUAUAAAAUUGACAGAAUGUGGUCAAUUAAAUACAUUUUCAACAAUAAAUUCACCUCCAGAAGUUGUUUAUAAUGAUUUUGAUAAUUCUAAUGAAUUAAACAAUCAUACAAAACUAGACACGAAUGAUGUUCAAGCCUUAGAAGUAUUAGAUGAAAAUGAAGUACAAAUAGGAGAUUUUAAUGAAAACUCUGUUAAAGAAAAAGAGCCUUCACACAAAGAAGAUAGUAUUGAUAAGAAUUUAAUAUAUAGAAGUGCUUCACCAGAUCUAUUUGAUGAAGAUUGUUCUAUAGUAGAGAAAAACGACUCAAGAAUAGAUGAAGGUGAAAAAAAUCACACGAUUUUUAUGGAUUUAACACAAUCGGACAAUAAUUUCAACAUACGGAACUUGAAUUCAAUUAAACAUAAUUCAGAUAACAUAAUUGAAAUUAUAGAAUGUGUUGAUUACAAUGAUGUUAGUAAAAAGUAUGAUAUAGAUAAAAGAAAGUCAAUUGAUGGUGAAAAUUCGGAUGUUGGAAAUAAAAUUGAUUGCGUACAAUCAAAUAAAGUGAAUAAUGAUGAAAACAUAGAAAUGAUUGAUCUGACACAAAGACCAAAUUUGAUCGAAGAAUUACCAAGCAUUGACUUAGACAAUAAAAAUACGUCAUUGGAACUUGAUGAUACAGUGAUUUACGAGAAUCAUGAAGUUAUAUCUGAACCUACAAGUAAUGCAAUAAAUAGAACAAAUCAAGUAACAGAUUUCAAUAUAAAAUUCAAUGGUAUUAGUGAUACAAAUGGCUAUAUACAGGGUGUAGAUAUUAGCGAAGUAUACGAUGAAAAUGUUGAAAAUAGUGAAGUUAUGAAUAUCGAUCUAACACAAAGUUCAGGAAAAAGUGUAGGGAAUAAUUCUAAUCAUGAAAAUGAUGAAAAUCUUAAUUUAUCUGACAGUGAAUCAAUAAAUAGUGGUAAAGGUUUGUCAUUGGAUAAUUUGGGAAAUGGAAAUGAUAUUAAUGAUACAAUAGCAUUCGAUAAUGAUUAUGAUAAUGAUAAUAAUGUGUUACAGAGAGCAGCAAGUGUAUCAUUAAAUAAUGAUAUGGAAAUUGAAGAUGUAAAUGAUUGUGUACUGAAAAAUUCGAAUCAUGGUUCAUUUAUAAUCGAUAAUUAUAAUGAUAAUGAUAAUAAUGUAUCAUUACAGAAGAAAAAAACAAAGAGUGCAUCAUUAAAUAAUGAUAUGGAAAUUGAAGAUUUAGAUGAUGUAUUGGAACAUUCAAAUCAUAGAUUCAUUGAAUUCGACAAUGAUCAUAAUAAUGAUAAUGAUGUAUCAUUACAGAGAAGAAAAUCAAAAAGUAUAUCAUUAGAUAAUUCUGACAUUCAAAAUGUAGAUAAUUAUACGGAACGCAAUACUCAAAAAAUUGAGAAUGGUAAUAAUUCCGAUAAAUAUAUGAGUAAUGUCGACAUUGAUUUGACCCAAGCAUCAGAUAAAUCGUUUGACGAAAACGACCAAAUUAACAUAAAUGCAGAUAUUGAAAUUAUAGAUGGAAUUGUAACGACUGAAAAUGAUGAUUCUAAAAUAGAUUUAACACAAUUUAAUGAUGACAUUGGGUUUAAUGAUGAAGCUAUACAUAACAGUAGUAAAACGAUUAAAGCUAUUGAUACUUCUAUAGACUAUGAUGUUAUAUUUGAUGAAGUUAUGUCAGAUAGUAAAAAAUCUAAUAGAAAUAGUAGUAAAGAAAUAUCAGAACAUAAUUCUGAGGUUUUUGAUCUAUCUGAUAAGGAAUUAAACUAUUCUGUACACCAUUCUUUCUAUCAGGAUGUAUUUGAUGAUGGAAAUAUAAAUUUAUCACAACAUACACCAGUUAAAGGUGAUGUAUAUAAAGAAAAGACACCAAUAAGAAUAAAUGAUGAUGAAAUAAUCCGAAAUAAAGAUGAUGAUGAUGAAUAUAUAAUUAAAACAAGUCCCGUCACUCCGAUGGCUGAUUAUGAAGCUAUGACAACACCUGAAAGGAAUAAAGAAUUGGAGAAAUAUGGACUUAAACCAUUUAAAAGGAAAAGAGCAAUACAACUUUUAACAUAUGUAUACAACCAAACACAUCCAAUUAUACAAAAUUGUUCUCCUGAAGAGUGUCCAACAAAGAAAUUUAAAAGCACCGAAGAAAAAACACCAAAAAAGAAAAGUCCAAGGAAAAAGACACCUAAAAAAUGUUUAGAUUUUGGAACUGAAAUUGAUGAAAACAAUAUAUAUGUCAUUACAAGUGAAGUACCGGAGAUCAGAAAUAUUGAAUGCGAUUCAAAUGAUUGGAUUUUCCAGACCAAAGAAAAAGCCAAGGUACAUUCAUGCAGAAUGCCACUCCAUAUAGCAUUCUACAAUUAUGUAUCGUGCAGGAAACUAUUGAGAGAAUCUAUAUUGAAAUACGAACCAAUCAAUAUUGAUAUUAUACAUAAACAAUUGGUUGGUUACGGAUAUAGAUAUAACCCAAAGGACCUCCUAAAGUUUAUGGAUAAGAAAUGUAUAACUGUGAAAAUUAGGAACUGGAAAGAGUGA